AUGACGAAUCUUGUAACCAAUUCGAUUCUGCCGCACCAGGCCGAGGGACAACUCUCCAGUAAUGGCAUCACUGCAUUUGAGUCUCUCAGCGAUGUGCACUCUAUCUUCCAAAUCAUCAAUGCUAUCGUUUCAAACCAAAGUUAUGGCUCAAAGGCUACCAACACCGAGGACUGGAUCAAUCGAGUCCCAGGCCGUGGAUUUAUUGACCCAAGUACUGGCAUGGAUUUUCCCUCACUUCAGAAGCUAGGAUGGACGCAGUCUAUUAGCCUUGAUGACGGCAUUAAAAGGACCGUGGGGUGGUAUAAGGAGAACGGAAUGACCUGGUGGGGAGACCUGCAGAAGAUCCUGAAUAUUUAG